AUGGUGGACAAAAAUGGACGAAAUUUUCGAACAUUUUAUUAUGAUACUUUAGGCCUAAAAAACGUCGAGCAAAGGAAAGCGUUGGAGAUACUGCUGAAAGAUGACCCAAUAGAUUUACAACGCAUUUCAACAUUUAGCACUCGGUUUACCUUACCUGCAGUUUACAGAACCCAUGUCUGGAAAGUGAUUUUAGGUAUCAUUCCCCCUUACCACGAUGCCCAGCAGUUUGUAAUGCAACAGCGAUGUGAACAUUUUCAUGACCUUCAGCAUGCUUUGAGAGUUAUAAGGAAAAUUUCAGAUGGAGAUGAAUUGCCUUAUCAAAUGUCAAUGGUCUUUUUGUUGGAUGAAGGAGCUUUUCGAUUUGUAAAAGUACCAAAGGAUCUUGAAAGGAAAGCAGAAGUAAUGAGAUCUGUAGUGCAGGUGUUUAGCGAAAUGUUUGAAGACGAAGUUGAUCUUUACUGGUUGUCGGCAAAGUUCAUGAAGUGUCUGGACCAGUCAGGACUACAGCUAGAGAAACUGGCAAACCUGAUUCAGUAUUACCUUCAAGCUGAAGAUGUCCAUCUUCAUAAACACUUAUUAAAUAUUGACGCAUUUAAUGUCUUACCACAUAAGAGGUGGUUUGAAAGUGGCUUUGCUGAGGAUAUUCCAGAUUCAUGCAUGGAAAGGAUAUGGGACAAAGUUGUGAGUGGAUCCAGUAAGAUUCUUGUUUUUGUGGCUGUCAGUCUUCUGGUGUUCUUUAGACGUCAACUCCUUAUGGAAAAAUCUAUUCAGGGUGUUGAGAGGUUCUUUUGCAAGCCAGUCCCAAAAGACAACUUUGAGAUGAUUGUUAAUGAAGCAAUGGAACUGUGGGACAAACACGGUGCUACUGUCAUUUCUGAGGCACCAACCAUGCACUGAGUCUGGCCAAUAAUCAUGACAGGAUGUGAGCUUUGUGUCUACAAGGAAGUCAAACUUGAGACAUUUGUGUAACCUUCAUUCAGCCAUUUAGGCCAUUCCUGUGGCUUCUAUUGCAAAAAGCUCAGGGAGAUGACAGCCUGGCUAAUAACCAAUAUCUAAUAACUAAUGCUGUCAUCACUGUGGGAUUUUGGGCUUGGAUGUUAGAUCAAGAGAGAUGGUAAUUUUCUCUCCCAUGGGGGACACGAGUGGGGUUUAAAAGCCUAGAUGUGGUGACCACACGAUUGCCAAGAAAUGAACAAACAGAGUAAAAAAUCAGGCAACCAUUGUAUGAAAAACAUAACAUUGAGUUGAAGCUAUCCUUAGACUCAUAAAAUGUGUGAAAGACAAGUUUCAUUAUGAGAAAAACUGCUAAUUAGCGAAGCAAUGGGAUGGACGAAUUCUCGAAACUAUUUCAAACUGAUACAAUAAUUUUCUCGAAUUCUCCCGACCCCCGUGUGUAGAUCAGGUUAUGGAAAAAAAAAAGGUGCUCGACUUCAGUGUAGCACAUAUUUAACCAUAUUUACUGGAUAACGAGAGUAAAGGUAACCGACGGUUCCUUACGGAAAAGUUUUAAUUUUCGAUUGGCGUAGUAAAUCAUGCGCAUUUAGCUACAUUUCAUGGAAGAGACGGCUUUGGGCAGGGGUUCUAUCGGGAGGUUGGAGUUACUGGUGGUAAAAGAUUUCUCUAGAAUUGAAGGAGUACUGUAAGAAAUCAAUUUUAGUUCGAGUUACCGCGUAGUUCAAGCUAGCUAUGACCAGAAUAUAAUGGGAGCCAUGGCUUGAAUUUAUCGGGAGUUAUUUACUCGACCACAUUUUUCGGUUUUUGUCUGCUGGACAAAUGACGUAUAGAAUAGAAGUUUGCCUGCAUUGUUCAAAACAGGGAAAACUCAUUCGAAAAGUGUUUUAAUUAUGUCACCACGGAGACUAUAUUUCAACAUGAAUAAGAGCUUGAACCCAAUAAACAGUUAAAGAUUUA